AUGUCGAGAGUGAAACUCAUCGGAGAUAUGAAGGAGGAGAUAGAGCAAUGGUUUCAGCUCAAUAACAUCUCUAGCUCAGAGGUUACGGCAAACACUAAUCUCCAACAUUGUGAAAGCUGGUCCCCUGUAGAGAACGGUGCCAUCAAAUGCAACGUACACGCAAACUGGAUAAAUGCACAUCUUCACAGUGGGGUAGCUUGGAUCGCAAGAGACCAUUACGGAAAUGUAACUCACCAUGCUAGAGAUGCGAUCGUCCAUGCGCCCAACCAUUUCAUAGCUGAGCUGAGGUGCAUAAUCUAUGCUAUGACUAGCCUAAGCGACUUAGGAGUCACAAGUGUAAUCCUUUCUUCAGAUUAUACUGAGGUUAUAGAGGCUAUAAAAUCACCACUGCAAUGGCUGCGUCACAGAGGUUUGCUGCAACAAGUGAUACAGCUCAAAGAGAAAUUUCAGACAAUAACCUUUGAAGAUGAGAAAGUAGCAGCAAAUGGGAUUGCUCGUGACAUAGCUAGAAGCGUUUUGCGAGACGGUCGGUUUCAAUCCUACCUAGCUAUGGGAGGUCCCUCUUGGCUUCAUGAUAAGAUCGCAAGAGAAAAGCAUCCAAGCAACAUUUGA